GUUCGCAUCGUCUGUCUCUCCCAACACAAAUCUAUCCAACGUCAGCGAGGCGGAUCUUCCGCUUUCGAUAUGAAUGGCUUCGGCACACAAUUUGCGGGUUGUGUCUACGUUAAGAUACCACGUGGAGCUGCUGGAAGUCCAUCAAGACACAGAAUGCCUAUGACGCCCUUCGUCGACGUAGGUUCAAUGACUCCUUGUCGGUCGUCAUUCACAGUCGUGAAUACUUGUGACCACGAGCUCCCACUUGUCACCACAUCUGUAGUCCUUGCAACGGCGCUUACCUCGAUGGGCGUGCGCGUGGUGAAAGCGCAGACUACCCCAGCUUCCGGAAGCGCAAUUGCUGUCGAGCCUUCCGCUGUAGUACCCUCGAAUCAUCCGGUUGCAGCAUCAUCUGAUGGUUCCAAUGGAACAGCAGCAGCGGCAAAUUCGUCAAGGUACACCGAGUCGGACGUCCCUACCGGAACUCCACUUCCAGAUAACCCUACCGAGGUUUCAGGGAACGUACAUUUGGGCCACGCGACAAGUGAAGAUCUAUACACUUGGGUGAAUCAACCGAUUGCCUUAUUCCCAGGUGCUUCGGGCGAAGGAAUCUUCAGCGGGUCGGCCGUUAUUGACACAAAUGGCGUAGUGGCCAUUUAUACUCUGAACACAGCAGAAAAACAAAUACAAGAAAUCGGGUGCUCAUACGACAACGGAUAUUCCUUCAUCAAGUAUUCUGGCAAUCCAGUCAUGGAUAGCAAUACUACACAGUUCCGCGAUCCAAAGAUCAUUUGGUAUGCGCCGACGGAUACUUCGAAGCCAACACCUAACAUCGGGGACGCGUCAUCCCUGUCGGGUACCCUGAAGUUCACCUUCCUGUCAUCCGGAACUGGCGAAUACGUGUCAAGAGGCACUUUCAUCUUUUCCGGCGAUGUCUGGCUCGACCGAGGCCACACCGGAGCCCUGUCCGACAAUCCUUACUUCACGGAUAAAUCCUAUCGGACAGCAUUGUACGACCCUGCGAGCGGCUCGUGGAAUAUUUUCGGAAUCAUUGACAGGAGCAUCCUCGGAAUCGUCGUGAAUGGAGGUGUGCCCGUGGCAACCAGCGUCUUCUUCCUGAUAAAACCGCUGGAAUCUUAUGAUCCUGAAAGUAGAGAGAGUGAACGUCGCCGUUAG